AUGGAGAACCCUAACGCUGACAAUGAGAAGAAUACGUGGAAACUAGAAAUGGGUGGGAGGGGAAGAGUGUGCACGCAGGGACAGACAGGGUUUGGGAAUUUGAUGGCAAAAGCAAGAGAAUGUGGGCCCCCACUCAUGAUUGGGUCAAGCCCAAUGGAUAGCCACUUUUAUCAUGGUGGGGAGCCAUUAG